AAGAGUCCUCUCUGGGGCCGGCGCUCCCCCCCGGGUUCCCCGCUCCCUUCCUGUUCGCUGACGGCCUCUCGUCAGUGGAGACCCUCCUCACCAACAUACAGGGUCUUCUGAAGGUGGCCGUGGAGAACGCCCGGGUUCAGGACAAACAGAUCCAGGCGGAGAAACGAGAGCUGAAGAUGGAGCUGUACAGAGAGCGAGAGAUGAGAGAGAGUCUGGAGAGACAGCUCACCUCCGAACUACAGAGCAGAGCCUCCAUCCAGAAGCGCCUGAAGAAGGAGAAGAAGGCCAAGAGGAAGCUGCAGGAGGCGCUGGAGUUCGAGUCCAAGAGGAGGGCGAGGGUGGAGGACGUCCUCAAACACUCGUCCUCCUCCUGCCCGUCCCCCGAGCCGCUGCACAACAACAACAACAAUAACAACAACAACAACGACGCUGCUGGAGCCGAGGAGAAAUCUGAACUUAAUGGAAACCAGCAAGACAACGGCGCUGUACAAGACUCCCGGUCCUUUCUGAAGACCCCCAUGAUGUUCUAGAAAGACCGCGUCCUCGUCGUCCUGAUGCCCCACCUCCUCUCCCUGAAGCCCCGCCUUCUCCACGUGAAGCCCCGCCCCCCUUUACCACUUUCCCCGCUCCUGCACAGAAGAACUCCACCAGCCCGUUUCCACGAAAUCACGAAACCACUUUCCCCCGGCGGGAUUUUAUUCUUUGCUAAACACUUUUUGACGUUGCUACAAAACAAACUAUGAGACUACUAGAAGACACAAACACUCCUGAUUUGGACUCGCUGGGGUCGUCUCUACUUCUUUAUCUUCUUCUUAUUUUUUAGAUAAAAUCCACUCCAUUCAUUCCUCUUUUUCUCUACCUGCACUGGGACUUAUCUCACCUUGUUUGUUUUGGUAAGAAUAAAUAAAAACAAGGCGAUGGAAGCAACGGAAAAGUACCGGAAUAACGUCAACAAGCUUUCACAAAUGAACUCGGUUCGGACAUCUUGUGGCAAAAAAAACAAAUGAUGCGAUGAAUCGGUUUUUGAAAUGACUUAAAAAAAAUGCGGUUGACCUCAUUGGCUGGUUGUCUACUCCCUUCUGAUUGGACGAUAAUCAGCCAAUAAGAGGAGCUCAGGAUUUGAGACGUGUAGUGUAAAAAAAAAAAUAUCGGGAAGGGAUGUAAAAAAAAAGUAAAACUCUGGAGGCUAUUU